AUGAACGAACUGAACAGACCUUGAGAAGAUGCCGUGGAGAAGACCGACAGAACGUAGUGAGUUGGUCCACGUCGUGGUGACUGGCUAUAAGAAGCGGAAAUACCCAAGAAAGUUUUACGUGUUUGCGAUUGACGUGACGUGGAACAACAACGAACGCUCGGAGAUAUACCGACGAUACAGCGAAUUCUUCUCCUUCCAGACAACACUGAAGGCACUGUUUCCAGAUGCUGCCGGCAAGAGAACUAAAGAGCGGACCAUCCCACAACUACCAAAGCGUAUUUUCGUGGGUCGGAGCCACGUUGCCAAAGUGGCAGAAGCUAGAGUGGAGCAGAUCAACAGAUACUGUCAGACUCUGGUCAGUUUGGAUGUGAACAUAUCUCAGAGCAGUCACGUCAUUGGAUUCUUCAGCCCUCGAAUUGGAGACAUUUCCCUACCCAAACUUCAUCUACACCGACCUGCUUCACUCCAUCCCUUGAAGAUCCCAGCAGGGAGUUUGUUUGAGGAGUACUGUGCCCUGGCAGAGUUCCAGGGAGACGAACCCUCUCAAAUCUCUUUCACCUCGGGGCAGAUUGUUCUGGUGCUGGACAAAGACAGCUCAGGGUGGUGGAUGUGUAAGGUGAACGACAAGGUUGGUUGGGCCCCGCCCUCCUACCUGAAGAAGGUGGACAAGGGAGAGAGUGGGGAGAGUGACUCGGACGAUGACUAUCUCGGACUCCCUGGAGAUGUUGACUCGGAGAAAGAAGGUGGAGAAACGGACAGCGGCAUCAGCACCAUCGGAGAGGCCGUCAGGGACCAGAUCUCUGAAGGCGGGAAAAGCUUCAACGUUCCUGAGAUUGAGUUCCAGGAAUACAAGGCGAUUGACUCGUAUGAGGCUCAGGGAGACGGGCAGGUCAGUUUUGAGGAAGGUGACAUCAUCCAAGUCCUGGACAAGAUUGAGGAUGGUUGGUGGUUUGUUGCCAAAGGACAGGAGGAGGGCUGGGUACCAUGCAGCUACCUGGAGCCCCUCAAUGGCGGGCAGGAAGAGGACGACACCAUCUCUAGUCUCGGUAUAGCUACAUACACCAUGUCAUCCUGUUGCACAAAUAGGUUUUAGGUUUAGAGCCGUGAGCUUGAAUCUACCUUUCAGGCAGCUGAUUUCACUCCCUCAGGAGCUUUUUCAAUACUCUCUCUCACUUCCUCCACACCAUCUCCUUCACCCAUACUCAACUUAAACCAUUAUCUUAGUUCUAUAAUAGAUACCUGCCUGCCCACAAUCCUUCACAAACAAUUUCCCUAGGAUUCUUCUUCUGUAUUUGCAGUAAGUAUGUAUGCUAGUGGAUCAUCCUGUCUUCCCCUGCCACCUGAACACACAGAUGUGGAGCACUACAUUACUAUAGAGCGGUACACGGCGGAGGAGGAAGACGAGCUCUCGUUUCCAAAGGGAGUGACGGUGGACGUUCUCCAGAAAUCUCUCGACGGAUGGUGGCUCAUCAAACACGAGGGAAAGGCGGCCCUCGCCCCUGCCACCUUCCUCGUUAAGAAGGAAACCGACAAUGAAUCCAACCCACUGGUGGGACGUAAGGCAUCCAUACCCAACGUGGCGGAGACUACAAAGGAAAACGGAGAGUCUGAGGGCAAAACCAGCACUCUCACCAGAGAGUUAUACAAACAGCCUCCUCGCAAGGCGUCUGUCAGGAAGAGAGUGACCAUUAGAAAGUCGAAGCAGAAGGACAGUUCAUUUGCUGAACCAACCAAGGGCCUCAAAGCUCCACCUACCAUACGAGAGGAGUCUCCCUCCCCAACUCCCUCCAACCAGCCGAGAAAACUCUCCCUUGAGACUUCAGACCCAAUCAAUAUUCUCUGGGGUUCCCCCUCGUCUCCCAAGCACAGCAAAGUAACGAGAAAGCUAUCGGAUGUCCCCGUACCAACCCAGGAGCAAGUUGAAGUCAGCCCAAAACUCCCCGGACAGAGAAAGAUAUCUCUCGAUGCUGCACUUUCUGGUGCUCCGACAAUAUCUCCAGACGGCUCACUAGUCCACCAGAUGAACAAGGCGACUCUGGUCACCUCGAGCAUCACCAGCUCAACCACGGCCGACUCCGACACAGAGGAACACGAGUACUUCAACAUCGACAACACGCAGGCCUACCUGAGGGAGCGUAGAGAGCAGAAACUGCGACAGAUGAAGGGGAAGAGCCCCGUGAGUCCCACCACUUCUGACUCUGAGGUGGAACGCGAGUCCAGCAGUUCCUUGACCGGGAAACCCGGGGUGUUCUCGGGGAGGGCUCGGGAGGUUCACAGCCGGAUUCGCCAGUGGGAGAGACGACUCAGCAGUGACUCUGAGGACGGAGUGUCGAGCCCCACCCGGCGACCUGUCGCGACCCCUCGCGCGAGAAAACCAGACCUGAAGCCCAAACCCAGCCUCUCUCAACAGCAGGUCCCUCCACGGCCACGUCAGAGUCAGAUUGUCCGUGCCAGAGGCAAAGUUGGCGCGGCAGGACUAGGAAAGAAGGGAGGGCCACCACCGUUGAUAGAGGAACAGUCAGCACAACCCCACCUGCCGCCGAGACCACGCAACACCGAGAUCAAGAGGGCCAGACAGGGAAAACCGACAUCAUCUGCCCCAAACACCCCAAUCCCACCCAUUUCACCUUCUCCCUCUACGACCCCCACAAUUACUGCGACUAACGAUGAAGGAGAUCACAAAGUUGUCCUUUCCCCAAACAGCGCCUUCAGACCAAUCUCCAACAAUCGCCGCAGCCCCAGUCCUGGACUCCCAGUGGUGAGGGAAGAGAGGUCAGAGGAUGCCGGAACCACACCCACUGCUCUCGGACUCAGAGCUGGAAACCUUCGACCGCGCUCUCCCAGGGGGAAGUCCCCAAGUCGCUCCCCAAGCCCAGCCAUCUCCACGGUGACAGCAGGAGAAUCACUAGUCCCUCCCAAACCCAGUCGCAAAGACAGACAUGACAGUGAGACACAGGAAACUCCGCCCUCUCCCUCCCCAUUGUCCCCAAGCCCUGCCUCCUCCCCUAUGAUGACAUUGUCUGAGGGAGGGGGAAACCCCUUCAAUCAGCAGAUGGCAGAGACUCUCAUAAAGUAUGUUCUGGCCUCUCAGGAUGCCGAGCUGAAGAACGCGCUGCGAGAGUGCAUCAUGAGCAACCCAGAGGCAGUAAAGACACUUCAGCAAUAAAAUCACAAGUUGUGUAUGAUUAUAUAACCUAACACAAGUCUCUCCACAUUUUUGUCUAAAGCAAUGUACAUAUAUACCGUAAGUAAAACUAUACCUCAUUGAUGUGUUUUUCAUCCUCACUAGUCAAGAUCAUCUAUAAUAUAAAUCUACAGUGUCUUUGAAGUGUUGCACGCUCAUUUUAUCAACACCAAUAAAUUUAACGAGAGAUUUUGCUUGUG